AGAACUCUAUUGCAUUGGGCGGCAAUAGCAAAUUGCACCAACCUCAUUGGUUAUCUCAUUCAAAAUGGUGCGCAGAUUGAUGUUGUUGAUCAAAAUAAGCGGACUCCUUUAUCCUGCGCUGCCGAGCAUGGUGCACUGCAAGCUGUAAAGCUCUUGUUCGACAACGGUGCCAAUAUUAAUUCUGAAGACGAUGAAUGGGGAACGCCUCUGAUGCAUGCAAUGGACGCUGGCUAUCCAGGUGCGGAGCGCGAUGCCAUGUUAGCCUACCUCAGGAGCAAAAAUGCUAGCUACCAGUUGAAGCACCCAUGG